AGCACCAAAAGCAAAGAUUGACAGUCAACAAACUGAAACAAGUUCUUCAAUAUCAGGUUCACACCACAUGUAAGAGCUAGUUCACAUACGCUUCUAGCUUGUGUGAGCUAGCUAGUUAUUCUACAGCAAAUGUGAGUCUACUCAGUGUCCGAGGAAAGACAGAUAUGUUAAAUAUCGGAGGUGUAACUAAAGCAGAGGACAGACAUGGAAACCUCCGUUAUGUCAGCGCUGAACAGACCCGUGGCGGAGCUGACGGUUAUGGAUGUCUACGACAUAGCUGCGGUGCUCGGACAGGAGUUUGAGCGGGUCAUUGACAGGUUUGGGUGCGAGUCUCUGGUCGGGGUGGUGCCCAAAGUGGUGCGGGUCCUGGAGCUGCUGGAGGCCCUGGUGAGCAGCGGACCCACCGGACAAGAGGCCGACGAGCUACGGAGGGAGCUGGAUAGGCUGCGGCAGGAGCGGAGCGACAGAUACGAGCAGGAGAGGAAGCACCAGAAGGAGUUGGAGUUGGUGGAGGAUGUAUGGCGAGGAGAAGUCCAGGAUCUGCUCUCUCAAAUCACCCAGCUUCAGGCCGAGAACAAGGGGCUGUUAGUAAGCCUCUCUCUCAAAGAGUCCCCUGUCACAGAGGAAGACCUGCAGAAACAGGAGGGAAUGUCAGAGAAGGAGAGGCAGGUGAUGAAUAAGCUGAAAGACUUGGUGGAUAAGCAGAGGGAUGAAAUCCGGGCUAAAGACCAUGAGCUGACACAAAAAAACGAGGAUGUUGAGGCACUCCAGAUGCAGCAACAUCGGUUAAUAAGAAUCAACCAGGACCUUCGUCACAGGAUAGGAGUGAUGGAGGCUCAGGGAAAGGCACUGAUCCAGCAGAGGGCUGAGCUGGAAGCUGCAGCCCAGGCACGGCAGCAGGAGCUUGGGGCUCUGCAGCUGGAGGUCGCGAGGCUGAGAAAGGAGCUCCGAGGGUGGGAACUGGAGAGAGAGGUCACUGGUAUAGAAGAAACCUCUCUUACCAGAUCUGGGAUGUCACCACCUACAUCACCACAGAUGACGUCUUCGGCAUCUAACUCCGAACCAAAUUCAGUGUGGGUGGAGUGUGGAGGGGAACCUGGCUUCCUGGCAAACUACUUUAAGAGUCCUUCCCUUCUCCCAGGGUCAUCAAAGAGAGAAAAUAAUGAGGAAGAGGGUGACGAAGACGAGGACACAACAACAUUUUUACUGAAGGUGUCAGCUGAGACGGAGACAGAGGAGGAGACAGACAGCCUGGAGCAGGAAUCAGACAAACCUUGCUUCACCCUGCAGGAGCUGCGGGACGUCCUGCAGGAGAAGAAUGAACUCAAGGCCCAAGUGUUCGUGCUAAAUGAAGAGCUGGCAUAUUACAAAAGUGAGGAGUUUGGGGAUGACAUCAGCUCCAUUGUUUGUCCUCCGUCUCCUCCACCAUGCUCCAGUUCCACUGAUCUGGCUGAAUCAGGAAUUAGACGCUUGAUCUUCACUGCUAUAAUGCCGAUGGUGGCAGCCGGAUUGAUUUCAGACGACCCCACAUUGAUGCCAAUCAGAAGACUUUUCUUUGUAUGACCUUGAGUUUUAAUUGUAUUAUUGCUCUUAUUUUUCACCACAAUCCUCUAUGACAGUAAACUGAAUAUCUU